AUGGCAAACCCUUUUCCAACGAUCAAGAGUUUGAGAACCUAUAUCAUUGAUGAGAAAGGCAAUGGUGGUGAUUAUCACAAUGUAGAGUCUGGUCACUGGCUGGUGGAUAGCGACAUUGCGACACCAAUGUCAAGAUGGGACAAAUAUAGAGGGUCCCGAACCAGCUGGGGUGUCAAUGUUCUUGGUUCUCUCUUUGUUGAGAUCGAAGCUACGGAUGGGACCAAGGGUUUCGCCACGGGUUUUGGCGGACCCCCGGCAAGCUGGUUGGCUGAGAACCAUUUCAAAAGGUUUUUAAUAGGAGCAGACCCCAGAGACACCAAUAACCUGUGGGAGCUCAUGUACCGUGGUUCCAUGUUCUAUGGCCGGAAAGGUCUCGCCUUGGCUACCAUCUCGGUCAUUGAUUUGGCACUCUGGGACCUUGUUGGCAAGAUCCGCAAAGAGCCAGUGUAUAAGCUCAUAGGAGGUGCCACAAAGCAGCGCCUUGAAUUUUAUUGUACGGGCCCGCAACCUGCCAGCAUGAAGGAGCUCGGGUUUACGGGCGGUAAGAUUGCGUUGCCCUUUGGUCCUAGCGAAGGUCAGAAUGGGCUAGAGAAAAACCUGGCCUUCAUCAGGAAGCACCGUGAGUUGGUGGGAUCCAGCUUCCCUCUCCGAGUUGAUUGCUACAUGGCGCUCGACGUUUCAUACACCAUCGACCUUGUAUCGGCUGCCACAAGGGAAGGUCUCAAUGUCGACUGGUGGGAGGAGUGUCUACCUCCUGAUGAUUUUGACGGCUACGCUAUGCUCAAGAGAGCACAUCCACGAGUUAAGUUUACCCACGGAGAGCACGAGUACUCCCGAUAUGGAAUGCGGAAGCUCGUGGAGGGACGAAAUGUCGACAUUCUGCAGCCAGAUGUCACUUGGGUCGGAGGACUUACGGAACUGCUAAAGGUUUCCGCCUUGGCUGCGGCAUACGAUAUCCCAGUCGUGCCUCACGCAAGCGGGCCCUACAGCUACCAUUUCACCUUCUCCCAAAUCAAUUGUCCCUUCCAGGAAUACGUUGCUGCUAGUGCCGAUGGAAAGUCCAUACUACCAGUGUUUGGGAACUUGUUCCUUAAUGAGCCAAUUCCAGAGGGCGGCUAUCUUCACAUCAGCAGUAUUGACAAGCCUGGGUUUGGACUGGAGUUGAACCCUAACGCAAAGUUGGUUUCUUCAGAAUUAUUGUUUAACCCGGCCCCGGUGAAAGCUUUGGAAAUGCAUACGGACAAGGAUUUUCAGGAGAAGUAA